AUGGAAGGGCUCCAGCCGGUGUGGAGUCCAACCCUGGAAGACGAUGCAAACUCGGUUCAGGGCGAUGCGUCGGACCACGAGCAUCCCCGAGAGCCAGAGGUGGGGUGUAACGAGGAGUGCCGCAUCCGUCUCCGCCUUCUCAGGAAAGAGAUCAAGAGACUCAACAAGAAAUUGGCCGGUAGGCAAAAGACCAGGAGGGGCCCCGGCAGCAGGACGAUCACGACCAAAGUAAUCUAUGAGCUCAGCUGCCGAGAGGAAAACUCGAGCCACAAGAUUUUACACCCCGCGCUCGUCCUCGAGCGUCCGACCGUAGACCAAAUCCAGACCCUGUGCACGACGCUCCGGGAUACGUCCCAGCAGUUGCAAAGCCUCGUCUUGCAACCACGGGAAAGGAGUCUCUUCCUCGAGUACACUCCCCGCAGGCUCUCGUUCAGCUUCGAAGAUUUGCCCAAACCGAUCAAGCUCUUGAUAUUCACCCAUCUCUUUGAGUACCCGGAUACCCUGAUCCAUGCUGUCUCACGCCUAGACCCUUUUGUGGGCCCGGCCAAGAUCCCCUCGGUGGGAGGACAGAGGUCCGGACUCCUUAACCGCUUCCACAUGACGACGAGCUUGGGAAAGCCUACCUGUAGCCUCACGUUUGCAAUCAAGGGCAACGAUCUUCUGAGCCCCUUUCUUGUCUGCAAACAGUGGUACUUUUGGGGCGCUCAUGUCUUUUACGGGAGGAACACCUUUGCUUUCAGUUCCUUUGGCGAGCUCGGCAGAUUUGCCGCCGGCAUCGGCCCAGCCCGAAGACAGAGGCUCCAGCACAUUGAGCUCUGCUGGGUCGGCAGCCAGAACCUCACCUUGAAGGGUCACUCGCGCAGAACACAAUCCCUGGCCUAUCUGUGUGAGAUGUUCAGACUUCGAAGCCUCAAGGUUUACCUAGACGAGUCGUCGCUGUCCGCCGUACGUCGCCCAAGCGAAUCCAUCCAACACAUCGCCUACUUAGCCAAGAUGACCGACGGCCAACCUUCCCACCGUCUCAAGAGGAAUCUUCAUUGCUUACAGGGCCUCGACUACGUUAAGCAGUUGCGUGGCCUGCGUGUCAUCAGCUUCAUCGACCUAAUGACCAUGGAACCGGUGCGCGACUGGCACUUCACCAUGGUUCUAGAAGCUCGGGGCGCAUCAGACUGGGACAUCGUCACCGAGAGUUACGACACCGAGUGGAACCCGCCUCAUUCGCACCUCGAGAGCGACGAAGAUCCCCACAUUUACCAGGCACCGGCUAGCGUAGCCAACGUGACGCAUGUUUCCUUGAACGCCUCUCACGCUCCUCGCGUCCCCUCCAUUCCGCAAUUCGGGGGACAGGCGGGCGAGGAGAUAGGAGAGGAGCCGGUAUUGGUGGAGGAUGGCGAGGAUGAAGGGGAGGCCGCCCCCACAAAUCAGCGAUUGAGCCACGGCUACUCUCCUGUCAGUCAGCCGCACCCUGCCUCAGCACAGCCCGGAGCGAAUCAGGCGGCCUUUUGUAACGGGCCGCCGGUCCACCACGACGAGCAUCUCACACCUAGCUUCCGGAGACUCGAGCCCACACCGAGCCGCAACCCCGUCGGACAUUUGGUGCUCUGA